AUGAAGGUGGCGUUGGUGGUUCACGUCUCCGGGCAGGAUCCAUCUGUAAAAGAAGAGAAAUCCAGUCGACAGACACGACGCAGCCUCUUGGUGAACGUUCAUUUUCUACAGAAAGUGCUGGAAGACAACCUAAACGAAGCCCUGAAGACACUGAAGCUCUCCUCGGCGGACAGCGCUUCAGACAGUGUGGAAGGCUGCCUGGACUGCCUUUUAAAAGCUUUGGCCCAGAACAAUGCAGAGGCCAGUGAAAAGAUUCAAGAGAUGGGAGCUCUCCCUCUUCUCCCAUCUCUGUUGUCCACACAGUCUCCUUGCACACCUAAAGUAGCCAACAUCAUAGCUGAAGUGGCCAAAAAUGAGUUCAUGAGGAGCCCAUGUGUUGAGGCUGGCCUCAUUCCUCCUCUGGUGCAGCUGCUCAACAGUAAGGACCAGGAAGUACUGCUCCAGACCGGCCGAGCCCUGGGCAACAUCUGCUACGAUAGCCAUGAGGGCAGGCGUGCAGUUGACGAAGCAGGAGGUGCACAGAUAGUAGCUGAGCUCAUAAAGUCAAUGGCCCAUAAUUGUGAGCCAGCCAAUGGGAAGCUCUUGACUGUCUUUUGUGGCAUGCUGAUGAACUAUAGCAAUGAUAAUGACUCCUUACAAGCACAGUUGAUUAACAUGGGCGUGAUCCCCACACUGGUCAAACUGUUGGGCAUCCACUCGGAGAACACGGCCCUCACCGAGAUGUGUCUCAUCGCCUUUGGCAACCUGGCCGAGCUGGAAUCCAGCAAGGAGCAGUUUGCCGCCACGAAUAUCGCGGAGGAGCUCGUGCGACUCUUCCGGAAGCAGGUGGAACAUGAGAAAAAGGAGAUGAUCUUCGAAGUCCUUGCUCCUCUGGCUGAAAAUGAUGUGAUUAAGCUACAGCUGGUGGAGGCAGGGCUGGUGGAGUGUUUGCUGGAGGUGGUGGCACAGACAGUAGACAGCGACAGAGAGGAAGACGUCGCUCAACUCAAGACCGCCUCUGACCUCAUGGUGCUCCUACUGCUGGGAGAUGAGUCCAUGCAAAAACUGUUUGAGGGAGGGAAAGGAAGCGUGUUCCAGAGAGUCCUCUCCUGGGUGCCCUCCAAUAACCACCAGCUCCAGCUGGCAGGCGCGCUGGCCAUUGCCAACUUUGCCCGUAACGAUGGGAACUGUAUCCAUAUGGUAGACACUGGUAUUGUGCAGAAACUUCUGGAACUGCUGGACAGGCAUGUCGAGGAGGGUAACGUCACAGUACAGCACGCGGCCCUCAGUGCUUUGAGGAACCUAGCUAUCCCAGUUGUGAAUAAAUCGAAGAUGCUCGCGGCCGGCGUGUCCGACGUCGUCCUGAAGUUCCUCCAGUCGGAAAUGCCGCCAGUGCAGUUCAAACUCCUGGGCACAUUACGGAUGCUCAUCGAUACACAAGCGGACGCUGCUGACCAAUUGGGGACGAAUGUGAAAUUGGUGGAGAGACUGGUGGAAUGGUGUGAGGCCAAAGAUCAUGCCGGUGUGAUGGGGGAGUCCAACCGCCUUCUCUCUGCCCUCAUCCGACACAGCAAGUCAAAGGACGUGGUUAGAACAGUUAUCCAGAGUGGUGGCGUGAAACACUUGGUAACCAUGGCAACCAGCGAGCACAUGAUCAUGCAGAAUGAAGCGCUGGUGGCACUGGGUCUCAUCGCCGCCUUGGACCUGGAUGCUGCAGAGAAAGAUUUCGUUGGAGCCAAUUUAGUACAAGUUCUGCACAAACUACUGUCUGACGAGAGGAGCGCGCCUGAGAUUAAAUACAACUCUAUGAUUCUGAUCUGUGCCGUAAUGGGCUCAGAGCCGCUCCACAAAGAGGUCCAGAGCCUGGCUUUCAUCGACGUGGUGUCCAAGCUACGCUCUCACGAGAACAAAACGGUGGCCCACCAAGCGUCGCUGACAGAGCAGAGGCUAACGGCGCAGAGCUAAAAGACUCUUGACAACCUCAAACCCCAAACCCCACCCCCCACCCCAGCUUGC